ACGCGGCGCUUACGUCAGACGCAGCGUCAAGAUUCAAACUGGUCGGCGGUUAAGAAAAUAAAAAACAAGCAGCAGCAGCAGGACUGAAAUCCUCCUCAAAAUAAUUCAAAAUAACUCCUCUAAAGUCAUCUAAACUCGACUCAAGAUGUCCAAGACUCUGAAGGGAAUCACGCUGAAGGGAAGCGCGGAACUCGUGGCUGAAUUCUUCUCGUUCGGGAUCAACAGCAUCUUGUACCAGCGAGGGAUUUAUCCGGCAGAAACCUUCACCAGAGUCACACAGUACGACAUGAGCCUUCACCUGACCACAGACAGCAAGCUGAAGAACUACCUGACCAACGUCAUCUCGCAGCUCAAAGAGUGGCUGUUCGAUUGCACCGUUCAGAAGCUGGUGGUGGUCAUCACAUGCCUGGAGACCAACGAGGUGCUGGAGCGAUGGCAGUUUGACAUCGAGUGCGACAAGACGGCGAAGGAGAGCGGAGCACCGAGGGAGAAGUCCAUAAAAGCCAUCCAGGAGGAAAUCCGCUCCGUUAUCCGACAGAUCACCGCCACCGUCACCUUCCUGCCGUUGUUAGAAACUGCCUGCGCCUUCGACCUGCUGAUCUACACUGACAAAGAUCUGGAGGUGCCAGAGCAGUGGGAGGAGUCUGGGCCUCAACUAAUCGACCAAUCGGAAGAGGUCCGCUUGCGUUCCUUCACCACAUCUAUUCACAAGGUGAACAGUAUAGUGGCCUACAAGAGGACAGACUCCAUGUGAUCGCGCUCUUCUGUUUUGUUUUCUGUUACAGUGUUUCAGUCUUCUGUAUAUAUCUAUAUAAAGCUCAUUUCUUAUUUGUUAUUUUAAAGAAUGUAUUUCCUAAUACAGAAAAUAAAUGUCUUGUUUCCAAGA